GCCAACUUUCUCCCACAAAGCCCACAGGUGUGAGCGGAGUCUCGCGGACGUCCAGCUCGCUCCGUGCCAGUGACCUCCCUCCUGCCGCUCAGCGCGGACCGUGAUCGGACAGCAUGUCUGUGGACGAGGUGUACGUGUUCCGGCCCUUCAAGCUGAUCGCGCUGCUGUGCGUGUUCCUGGCGCUGUGUCUGGACGUGGCGGCCCUGCUGAGUCCUGCCUGGGUCACCGCCGACCACUUCUCUCUGUCGCUGUGGGAGUCCUGCUCCCAGUCCUCCCAGUCCUCCCAGUCCGGGGGGAGCUGGAGCUGCUUCUCCACGCUCACGUCUGAUUGGCAGAUUGCCACCCUGGUGCUGCUGGGGGCCGGUGCAGUUGCAACGCUGGUGGCCUUUUUGGUGGCUCUGAUUUCCUUCUGCAGGGGGACGCAGAGACAGCAGUACCGCAUCGUAGCGGUGUUCCUCUUCACUGCAGUGGUUCUGCAGGCUUGUGCUCUGGUGCUGUACCCCAUCAAGUUCAUCGACGGGACGGUUCUGCAGACCUAUCACGAGUUCAACUGGGGCUACGGCCUGGGCUGGGGAGCCACCAUCUUCAUGCUGGGCGGAGGGAUCCUGUUCUGUCUGCGGACGGACCUUUACGAGGAUGCUAUGUACUAGCGGACUGCCCGCCCCGCCCGCCGCGGGAAACGCAAGCUUAAAAACACACAGAGACUUUUCUUCUCUCUGCACACGGCCUGUAUGUGAGCGCAGACCCCAUUUCUCAGUUUCUCUUGCCGUCUCGGCCUCGGUUAUUUUUAGGCAGGUUGUGAAGGCCUUAUUUAGACAAAGGCUGUGUGAGUAGACUGCCCCCGCGCUCCGCCGCGAGCCCAUCAGCCCUGCUCGUAUCUCGGGUGAGGUGGCACUGCCGAAGCACAGAGAGCUUUCUGGACAGGCUCGGCCGACGCUGCUGGACGUUUCCACUCAUCUGGAUGUCUAUUGUUAGAGAGAAGCGGCGCAGAUCUGAAUGCCCGCUGGCUGAUAUCAAACAGGACUUGUUCUUCUCCACAUUUCCUUUUGUACUUUUGUAGCUUUUCACAAAGAUGAGCUUCUUUUAUCAUAUUUAUGCUUUUUAUUUUCCAUUUUAUAAGUACUACAAGCCUGAACCUCAUCUUUUUGUCGUAGCUGAAACUAGGGCUGGGCGAUACAGACAAGAAUGAACAUCCCAGCAUUUAAGCUGAAAUCCCAAAUUAUUUUAUACGAAUUGGGUUAAAAGUUCAAUUUGAACUUGGUGCCACACAUAUAACGCAACAACUAUUAAAGGAGCAUGAGGCAAGAAUAAGAAAUGAGACUUAUUAGCGCCACGACGACCGUCGGGGUUACUGCAGCCAACAGCGAAGCCGGCACGGAGAACGCGCAUGCAGCGUCAUGUGACGUGACAUCCGCAGGACAGCGCGAGAAAUUCGGGCCCAGAAUUGCAGCGCAUUUUGCAGCACACAGCCUGUUCAAGGCAACGGAGAGAUACACUAGAGGGCUCAUUCGUUUUGGUUUGGAAUGCUUCAUCUGACAUUAUUACUAGAAAACUUAAAACGUAUACGCAUUUUUUUCAUAAAUCCUGCCUCAUGCUCCUUUAAUUCACUAGGAACCUUAAAAAGAAUAAGAACAUAGCUAUAGUGCAGCCUGUAUUAAAUACGGACAUCCUUGACUUCAGAAACUCAAAAAUAACUGACUUUCUGAAUUCAGACUCUUUCUCUCAUGGCCUUUUAGACCCUCCGCCAAUACCCACUUUUAUUUCCUCAAAUGGCUCUAAUGCAUCAUGAUAAAGAGGUGUGGGUGCAGAUGCAGAGAGGAGGUGAUGCUGAGCAGAUAGUCAGCUCUGCAGCUUCCUGUGGCCUCAGGAACAAGAGGAGAGCAAACAGUUCUAGAAAAAGUGCAUAUCCAUAUCACGAUAUGCCACUAUUUACCUAUCAAACAGGUAUCUGUCAGCAUUUCUUAUAAUCCCGGUAACCGCCCAGCCCUAGCUGAAAACAUAUCUAGUAGCUGUAAAUUAGCCUACUUUGAUAUAUGCUAUCAAGUGUGUAUCUUGCUUGAAAAAUCAGAAAAGUUUGUCUCUUGAAAAAAUCUAAAUGUGUACAAAGUUUCUACAUGAAGGAGAAUUAAGAAUAAAAGCAGUAGUUUUGUUAGAAUAAAGGGUGCACAUUGUUAUUUCCAAAACUCUGAAGGUGCAUUUUAACACCCGUGAUUAAAUGGGGCAUAUUAUGGAAAAAUAUUUAUAUAUUUUUGGACUUGAAAGCACAUGUUUGGGUGUCUGAAUGGACUACCAACAUGAGGUAAUGCA